AUGCCUCUAAAAAGAAAGAAAACUGAAGCGGAAGAGUCAAAGUCAGAUUCUGAGACCAUAAAGGAGAUAAAUAGAUAUGUUGAUGAGUAUAGUGAUGAUGUUGCCUGGUGUAGUGCUAGUGGUGAUAGUGAAAAGAUGCAUGUGAACCUUUGUGAAUCGGGUUGGAAUAAAGAAGGAGAAAAAAGAGCAAAAUGGAUGAGUUGUCCACUAUUAUGGCAGGAGAGGAAAAAGAAGAAGAAGAGAAGGAUGGAGAAGAAAUUGGAAGAAGUUAAGAGCGAAGAAGAAACUGGAAAGGAAGCAACUGCAGAAGAAAAAGAAGAAGUUGAAAAAGAAGUAGCAACAGAUGAAAAAGAAGAAGGCGAGGAAAAAGAAGAAGCUGAAAAAAUUACAGAAGCUGAUGAAGAAGAUGAAGCUGACAAAGAAGAAGUUGAGAAAGAAGCAGUAGAUGAUGAGAAGAAGAAGAAGAAGAAGAAGAAGUUAAGGAGGAAAAUGAAACUGAGAAAGAAGUAG